AUGGUUCAGGCUGUGAAGAAUACAUGGACGCAAUAUAUGCUUGAUACGUAUCGGUACAGACGUUUUCCUCUGUUAUCGACAGUUAAGGUCGCUCGUGUUGAGGAGCUUGCGAGAGAGAAGAUGGAGAAGAUGGGCAAACUGGACGCAUAUAUGUACGUUUUUGGAAGCGCGGGUACGUGCUCAACGGAGAGAUUCAAUCGUGAAGCAUUUGAUGAAUGGAGAAUUAUCCCCCGUAUGUUGCGGGAUGCUACGGUUCGAAACAUCGAGAUAACAUUAUUUGGAAAGAAAUAUCCGUGUCCACUCUUCGUCGCCCCAAUCGGUGUCCAAGGAAUACUCCACCCCAAUGCCGAACUCGCAUCCGCGCGUGCAGCAGGCGGCCUCGGUGUCCCCUUCAUCAUGAGUACUGCAUCAACCCGCUCCAUAGAGGAAGUUGCAGCAGCAAAUGGAGAAGGUAACCCAAGGUGGUACCAGCUCUACUGGCCUAAGACGCACGAAAUCACAGUCUCCCUGCUCAACCGCGCAAAGGCCUCGGGGUUUACUACACUCGUAGUUACUCUUGAUACGAUUACCCUCGGUUGGCGCCCGCACGAUUUGGAAAAAGCGUAUUUACCGUUCGCGCAUUCCACGGGCUGUGCAGUGGGUCUUUCGGAUCCGGUGUUCAUGAGGCGUAUGGGUCAGGAGGUCUGGCCGCAAGGAAAGCAUGUGGAGUUUCCGUAUGACCCUGAUGCGUUGGAGAAGCGCAUACAAGAAGGUGAUGAAGAGGUUUUGUUAAGGAAGAAACUCGGAGGUGCAUGGCUUGCGGAGAGUACCUCUGGGAAGUAUCGAACGUGGGAAGACCUGAAGCUGCUAAGGGAAGCUUGGGAUGGGCCAAUCUUAUUGAAAGGGAUUCAGAAUGUUGAAGAUGCGGAAAUCGCUAUUGAUUGGGUGGACGGGAUCAUUGUCUCAAAUCACGGUGGUCGUCAAGUGGAUGGUGCCAUCGCUUCGCUCGCAGCAAUGGACAAGAUCGGCGCGUCCGAGAAGGUACGAGUAGCACAAGCUUCUGGCAAGUUUACCGUCUUGUUCGACUCGGGCAUACGAACGGGGAGCGACAUAAUCAAGGCUCUUGCACUAGGCGCACAAGGUGUCCUUCUGGGCCGUCCAUACAUGUACGGACUUUGCUUAGCAGGUGAAGCAGGUGUUGCAGAGCAAAUCAAAUCUAUCCUCUCGGAUUUCGAGAUCACGCUCGGUUUGGUAGGGUAUAAGGACAUCCAGGAAAUUCACGGAAACAGAAAUGCUGUCACUCGCAACUAG